AUGAAUUGCACACAUUUUCUCCUUCCGCCGGUUUUCGCUCCGCCGCACCUCAGUCGCCUCUCUGUCCUCCGGUCUCAUACCGUCGCAUCCUUAUCCACAAACUGUGUUAUUAAACCAUCUCGAAGAAUUUUUCUCCGAGCUGCGUCAUCAUCCACACCAAGUAUGGAAAAUGAUCCAGAGGCAUUUGGAAGUCUUAAGCAACAACUGGCAAAGUUAUUCGAGAAAUCAUUGAAAGUAACAGUCCCGGAAGAGUUGGAUGUAGUUCCUGCUAUUGCUUCAUGCCAAAAUCCUAAAUUUGGUGAUUAUCAAUGCAACAAUGCCAUGGGCUUGUGGUCAAAAGUUAAAGCAAAGGGUACCCAGUUUAAAGGUCCCCAACCUAUAGGACAGGCCAUUAUGAAGAAUCUCCCUGAGUCAGAAAUAAUAGAUUCAUGUUCAAUUGCUGGUGCUGGCUUUGUAAAUGUUGUGCUGUCUAAACAAUGGAUAGCCAAGAGCAUUCAAAAGAUGCUAGUUGAUGGUAUUGAAACUUGGGCUCCUAAACUUCCUGUUAAAAGGGCUUUGGUUGACUUUUCCUCACCCAACAUAGCAAAAGAAAUGCAUGUCGGUCACUUAAGAUCUACUAUUAUUGGAGAUACCCUGGCCCGUAUGCUGGAAUACUCAAAUGUGGAAGUUCUUCGGAGGAAUCAUGUUGGAGACUGGGGGACACAGUUUGGAAUGCUAAUUGAAUACCUGUUUGAGAAAUUUCCCAGUGGGGAAAUUACCAAUGAUCAAGCCAUUGGAGACCUUGAGGCAUUCUAUAAAGCAUCAAAGCAGAGAUUUGACAGCGAUCCUGUUUUCAAGGAAAAGGCACAACGGGCAGUCGUCAGUCUUCAGGCUGGAGAUGAGAAGUACAGAUAUGCAUGGUCUCAAAUUUGUGAGAUUAGCAGAAAAGGAUUCCAAAAGGUCUAUCAGCGGCUUGGAGUUCACUUGGAGGAAAAGGGUGAAAGCUUUUACAAUCCAUAUAUUCCUGGAGCACUGGAAUUGUUGAGUCAAAAAGGAUUAAUUGAAGAAAGUGAAGGUGCUCGUGUUAUCUUUAUUGAAGGAAAGAAUAUACCACUUAUUGUUGUGAAGAGGGACGGUGGUUACAAUUAUGCUUCAACUGAUCUUGCUGCUUUGUGGUAUCGACUGAAUGAGGAAAAGGCUGAGUGGAUGAUAUAUGUAACUGAUGUUGGUCAAAGAGAGCAUUUUGAGAUGUUCUUUACUGCUGCAAAACGGGCUGGCUGGCUUCCAUCUGAGGAUAAUAAGUAUCCUAAAGUUAGCCAUGUAGGCUUUGGCCUUGUUCUGGGAGAGGAUGGAAAGAGAUUCCGUACUCGGAGUACUGAAACUGUCAAACUAGUUGAUCUACUUGAUGAAGCCAAAAGUAAAUGCAAAGCUGCUCUAAUCGAGAGAGGCAAGGAUAAAGAAUGGACUGAGGAGGAGCUUGACAAAACUGCUGAAGCAGUCGGAUAUGGAGCUGUUAAAUACGCUGAUCUGAAGAACAACAGAACAACAAAUUACACUUUCAGUUUUGACCAGAUGCUCAAUGACAAGGGAAAUACAGCUGUAUAUUUGCUGUAUGCACAUGCUCGAAUCUGCUCAAUCAUCAGAAAAUCAGGAAAAGACAUUGAAGAAUUAAAAAAGACUGGGACAUUAGAUUUGGUUCACCCUGAUGAACGUACGUUAGGGCUCCAUUUACUCCAGUUUCCCGAGAUUGUUGAAGACGCUUGCACCUAUCUUUUGCCGAACAUACUGUGUGAAUACUUGUAUAAUUUAUCAGAGGAUUUCACUAGGUUUUACACCAACUGCCAGGUGGUGGGGUCAGCAGAAGAGACGAGCAGGUUGUUGUUGUGCGAAGCAACGGCAGUUGUAAUGAGAAAAUGUUUCCAUCUGCUCGGGAUUACACCUGUUUACAAAAUUUAA